AUGGUCGACGCGCUCCCGCAAAUAAAAAAUCUCCUCGGUGCAUCCUUCGCUCAGAAGCGCACCAUUCGUCGAACCACGGAUGACGGCGCGCGCGCGAGGGGGAUCGACUUCAGCCGGGUAGUGCAGCUGUCGGCGUGGAAGCCGCGCGCGUACCUGUACCGCAACUUCCUCACUGAUGAGGAGUGCGACCACAUCAUCAAGAUCGCCACGCCGCGCCUCCAGCGGUCGUCGGUAGCGGACAACACGGACGGGCACAGCGAGCUGAGCGAGAUCCGCACGAGCAGCGGCAUGUUCAUCGCCGUCGCGGAGGACGCCAUCAUCGCGCGCAUCGAGGCGCGCAUCGCGCAGUGGGCCUUCCUGCCGCUGCCCAACCAGGAAGCCAUGCAGGUGCUACGGUACGAGAAGGGGCAGAAGUACGAGCCGCAUGUGGACUAUUUCCACGACCCCAGCAACCGCAAGCGCGACGACUCGUGGACCGAAUGUGCAAAGGGGAAACUCGCUGUGAAGCCCUCCAAAGGCGACGCCCUCUUGUUCUACAGCAUGCACCCGGACGGCACGCCCGACCCCUCAUCGCUGCACUACGCGUGUCCGGUGGAGGAGGGCGUCAAGUGGUCCGCGCCCAAGUGGAUCCACGUGGCAGACUUCAGCAAGGUCUACACGGGGCCGUCAGGCGGCGUGGGCUUGGCUGACUUGGCGGGCGGCGGGCAGGGCGUGCUGUCGGGGUGCAUUGAUGCCAACGCCUUCUGUCCGAGUUGGGCGGCGAGUGGGGAGUGCGAGAAGAACCCCGCCUACAUGCACGAGUCGUGCCGCAAGUCAUGCAAGCAGUGCUAG